UUUUUUUUUUUUUUUUUUUUUUUUUUUUCUUGGGAUAGGUAGAAAACCCCUGAAUUCAAAGCAAGAGAAUUGAGAGCUGUUUCCCACUCAAGUCCCAGUUUCCCAUCCCUUGCUGUUUCUAUUUCUACUUUCCACCUUUUAGGCCAUAACCAAUGCGAAUUAUAUUAUCCCACAUUGCCUUUCAUCCUCAAUUUCUCGCAUCAUCAGUUCUCUAAUUCGAAAGGCAAUGGCAUCGCCUAGUAGUAGCAGUAGCAGAACAACUACCAUCUUGAUCUUCCUCAUACUCUGCUUCUUCUCCUUCCAAUCACAGCCAUCGCAAGCUUGCCAUGCCGUCGACCAAUCAGCCCUGCUCGCAUUCAAGGCCAAGAUCACGCACGACCCUUCCAAUCUAUUGUCGACAUGGCAGCCCUCCACCGAUUGUUGCACCACUUGGGAUGGGGUUGGUUGCGACUUCACUGGCAGGGUCGUCAACGUUUCCCGUCCUGGACUCUUCUCCGGCGACGAUUUAAUCACCGACGCCUCAAUGACCGGAACUCUAUCGUCAACUCUCGGCGACCUUUCCUCCCUUCGAAUUCUAGACCUCAGCGAUCUCAAGGACUUGAAGGGACCUAUUCCACCGGAGCUAGGCAAGCUGCAACACCUCACCUAUCUCUUCCUAGACUCCAACCGUCUCACCGGUUCCAUACCCUCAUCGUUUCGAAACCUUGUCCACCUCAAGAAGCUUUACCUUAGCAACAACCAGCUCUCCGGUGUGAUACCUUCCUCUGCUCUCCAAUCGCUGACGUCGCUCAAUGAAUUGGGCCUCUCGGGGAAUCAGUUAACCGGUAGCAUCCCAUGGUCAAUUGGGAAGAUGGUUUCACUGACUAACCUCGAUCUCCACUCCAACUAUCUCUCCGGCAGUAUUCCGGCGACAAUCGGGUUCCUCAAAAACCUCAAAUUCAUGGACCUGUCCGAGAACCAGAUAACGGGAAGCAUUCCUUACUCCAUUGGUAGUCUAUCUCAAUUGGUUCUGCUCUAUCUCAAUCAAAACCGCAUGACUGGAUCCAUCCCUUCCUCCAUUUCGGGCCUUGUUUCUCUCCAAUUCUGCCGCUUCUCUGAGAACAAACUCAGUGGUUCCUUACCGGCAUCCGUAGGGAAGCUACCCAGUAUCCAGAGGUUGAUACUCGAGAACAAUAAGCUCACUGGGAGACUACCUGCAUCCAUCGGCCAUCUCAAAACGCUCACCGAGUUAUAUUUCUCCGGAAACCAUUUUACUGGUGAGAUCCCCUCAAGCUGGGGGAAUCUUCAGAACCUUCAGACACUCGAUCUAUCGAGAAAUCAACUCUCAGGACCUAUCCCUCAUCAGCUGGGGAAGUUACAGUUGUUGCAGACUCUGGACCUGUCCUUCAAUCCUCUGGGUCUUGUGAGCAUACCAGAGUGGUUUGCAAGAUUGAAUCUUUUCCGGUUCAUGUUGGCCGGGACGGGCAUCAAGGGACAGCUCCCUAAAUGGUUAUCGUCGCGCUCAGUAUCGGUACUCGAUCUAUCCAGCAACGGAUUGACAGGGAAACUACCUCGUUGGAUUGGAAACAUGACCAAUCUGUCUUUCCUCAAUUUAUCUAACAAUGGCUUCCACUCAUCAAUUCCCGAAGAAUUCAAGAACCUAACGCUUCUGAUGGACCUGGACCUCCACUCCAACAGGUUCAAUGGCCAGUUGGGGAUAAUAUUCUCCAAGACUCUGAGUGAACCACUGGGGCACUUCAACUCCAUCGACCUCUCUCAUAAUAUGUUCACAGGUCCCAUGGACGAGGACGUCGGAGACAAAGUCUCGAUGGCCUCCAUCGAGACACUAGUGCUAUCUCACAACCCUCAAAUUGGGGGAUCAAUACCGGCGUCGCUGGGGAAACUGAGUGGGCUGCAGGUGCUGGAGAUGGCGGAGAACGGACUGUCCGGAAGGAUACCAUGGGAGCUCGGGGAGGCAAAGGAGUUGACAUCCAUUGUUCUGUCGAAGAACAAGCUGAACGGGAGCAUACCGGAGAAGGUGAUGAGACUGGACAAGCUAAGGGUGUUCGACGUGUCGGAAAACCGGUUGAGUGGGCGGAUACCGCCUAACAAGGCCAGAAUCCCUGCAAGUUCUUUCAGUGGAAACUGGGGCCUGUGUGGAGCUCCGCUAACUCCUUGCUAGCAAGCACAGAACUCGUAGUUCGUAGUCCAGAAACUAUAUCAAACUUUCUAGGAAGGAAGUUUCCUGAAACUUUCAUCAUCUUAUGAUGUAAAAUGUGAAAUUCUGAACAGUGAAAUCAUGCGGAGUUGCUGUCGGGGUCUCUUUCCAGCUCCACUGUCGAUCCAAAAUAUUUUUCUUUUCGUUCAAUGCUGAGACUAUAUAGGAAUGUGGGAAUAU